CAGCAAUUUCGGUGACUUACGCAACUAGAUAGUAACUUCAUAGAAUAUCUUGAAGUGGCGAUCGAGGUAGCGCUGUAGACAAGUAUUGUUACUUAAUUAUUUCGCGCGAUAGUGAAGAGGUAAUUGAAUAUAUAAAUCUGCCAUGCUACCCAUUAAACAAAUUUGAACAUCAACCAGCAAGAUUCCAACUCUCUCGGCCGCUUAGUAAUACUUAGAAGAAUCAAUCUGUCGAUAUCAACUAGCAUCAUGUCUCCUCCAGUCAAGCUCCCAACUGGCCAACUAGGAAAGGAUGGCCCUCAGGUAACUAAACUUGGGUUUGGCUUGAUGGGCAUGAGCGUCGGAUACGGCGAAGCGGGGUCUGAUGAGGAACGACUAAAGGUUCUCGACCGCUCCUGGGAGCUGGGUGAGGUUUUUUGGGAUACCGCCUAUGCUUAUGGUGAUAGCGAAGACCUCGUGGGCAAAUGGUUCAAGCAACAUCCGGAACGAAAAGAUGAUAUCUUCUUGGCCACAAAAUUCGCGCUUGAGUUCAAUCAGACGCCCGACGGCGCGCAUAAUAUCUUCAUCGAUAGUUCCCCUGAGAACUGCCGUGCAAGCUGCGAGCGGUCUCUGAAGCGACUCGGGCUCGAUAGCAUUGACCUAUUCUAUUGCCAUCGUUUUGAUGACAAAACCCCCAUCGAGAAAACGGUGGAGGCUAUGGCACAACUUAAGAAGGAAGGUAAGAUUAAGUAUCUUGGGCUGUCCGAGUGUUCGUCCAACACGCUUCGACGAGCCUAUGCGGUUCACCCGAUCACCGCAGUCGAGAUCGAGUAUAGCCCUUGGACGUUGGAUAUCGAAAACGAACAAGGGACCAACUUGCUUGCCACCUGCCGGGAAUUGGGAGUCGCCGUCGUGGCUUACUCGCCUCUCGGACGAGGUUUCCUGACAGGCCGCUACAGGUCUCCUGAUGACUUCGAGCCAACGGAUUACCGCAGACUGGUGCCAAGAUACAGCAAAGAGAACUUUCCGAAGAACCUAGAGUUGGUGCAAAAGUUUGAGGCAUUCGCAAAUGCGAAGGGCCAUACUGCAAGCCAGUUGGUACUAGCAUGGAUUAUGGCGCAGGGAGACGACUUCUUCCCUAUCCCUGGUACUAAAUCACCCAAGUACCUGGAGGAAAACUUAGGUGCGCUGAAUGUCACACUUUCUGCCGAGGAGAACAAGCAAGUCAGAGACCUUAUCGGGAACUUACAAGUUGCGGGCAUUCGAAACACCCAACUCGGAUCGGUUCCUCCCGCACAUCUCCAGGACACUGUUCCUUUGUGAGUCUCAACUAAUCAGAGGGAGGAGACGGGCUAUUUCGUACCUAAAUUACACCAUAUAGAUCAAUGUAAUUAGGCGAAUAUAUUUAUAUGUUGCAUUAUUCAUGAUAAUCCACCGUCGUAUCAACCCCGAGAUGUAUUUGUAUCCGACAUGCCACAACCAAAUUGCUGAAAGAAAUCUAUGCGGCUCAUACAGGCUUGUUUCAUAAGUAAGGG